AUGAACAAUUUAGACGAACGUGAUUGUAUCCUCAAUGAAGAUUUAGAGAAGUUAUAAAAAGCAAUAAAUUCUUUAAGCAAAAAGGAAUACAAUCAAAAGUAAGAUGCAAUUAAGAACUGUGAAGCUCAAGUUAAAAAAAUUUCGGUGUACAUUGAAAGUUAUGAAAUUGAGAUUGAAAAUCUAGAUAAGGCCUAAAUCACUAUNUCAAUCAAUCUAAAUUUCCAACCUAUAAUAAUAUAGAAUGAUUAAGAUCAGAUUUUAAUGUCAAAAUUACAUAGAAUUGCAAAGCUAAGUCGAAUAUUGAUCAGUUGA